AUUUAUGUUUUCGCUGACCGGUUGACCUUUUAGUUUUUAGAGAUAGUGAAGUUAACUAUUUCCGUUAUCUCCUUCCAAGGAUUUGCAAUUCUGUUCCACACUCUUCAGACUUGACCAAUUGUAAUGAAGACGAACGGCAAAGGUGCUGCCUUAAACGGCCGUAAAGCCGACCUCCAGCUCUCUCUCCCUUCCUCUCCUCAUGGAGUUUCCAUCGCCGACUUCCUAACCGAAAGCGGUACGUUUGUCGAUGGUGAUCUGCGCGUGAAUCGUGACGGAAUUCGAAUUGUCUCGCAAACCGAAACUAAAGCUGCAGCCCCUAUAAAGCCAUCAGACCACCAAUUGUCUUUAGCUGAUUUAGAAGCCAUUAAGGUCAUUGGGAAGGGAAGUAGUGGAAUUGUGCAACUGGUGCGACAUAAGUGGACUGAACAGUUUUUCGCAUUAAAGGUCAUACAGCUGAGGAUUGAGGAAAAGGCAAGGAAAGCAAUUGCCAGGGAAUUAAGAAUUAAUCUAACCUCACAAUGUCCAUAUGUGGUCAAGUUUUACGAUUCAUUCUAUAACAAUGGUGACAUUUCAACUGUAUUAGAGUAUAUGGAUGGUGGAUCUUUGGCAGAGUUUCUGAAAAGAAAUACAAGAAUUGCAGAACCAUAUCUUGCUGCCAUCUGUAAGCAGGUGCUCCAGGGUUUAUCGUAUCUUCAUCAUGAAAAACAUAUUAUUCAUAGGGACUUGAAACCUUCAAAUAUAUUGAUAAAUCAUAAAGGAGAAGUUAAGAUUGCUGACUUUGGUGUGAGUGCAAUAAUGGCAAGCACCUCUGGACAGGCAAAUACUUAUGUUGGCACAUACCACUACAUGUCUCCUGAGAGAAUUAGCAGUGAAAUUAGUGAAGGAUCGCACGACUACAAAAGUGACAUUUGGAGCAUGGGAAUAGUAAUGCUGGAGUGUGCAACUGGUCAAUUCCCAUAUUCCUCUCCGGACCAGGGUGAAGUCUGGGCUAACCUUUUUGAACUUAUGGAAGCUAUUGUUGAGCAACCUGAACCUUGUGCACCUUCUGAUCAAUUUUCCUCCGAGUUUUGCUCAUUCAUAUCUUCAUGUUUGCAGAAGGAUCCAAAAAAGAGACGGUCAACAUCUGAACUUUUGACACAUGCAUUCAUGAACAAGUAUGAUUACCUGCAAGUAGAUCUCUCAUCUUACUUCACAAACGAAGUCUCUCAAGAAACUUCUGGUAAGUAAGUGUCAACAGCUCUCCUUUAAGUACUUUUUAAACAAGGUUUCCACUUCAUCAAAUUGCUACCCUUUUCCACUAGCAUUCUGCCAUAAAAACACAGCUGAACCAUCUCCUCGUGUAUAUGAUGUAUGUUCUAUGAUUUGAUUCUUCAUGGUUGUUUAGCCUACAAACACUAUUAAAAUAUUGUCAUCUACUGGAACUUCUUGCUUACGAAUAACAAAGGCCAUGAGAAAAAUCUAUCAAUUGUUUGCCUACAAGUGCAUUUGCAUUGGUUUUUUUUUUUUUAUUUUUUUUAUUUUUUUUGACAAUGUAUACGACAAUGGUCCUGCAAUUUCUGUCUCAUAUGAUCAAUUGCCUGUCUCAAUGUAAUAAGAACAUCAAGAUAAUAUUAUUUAAUUAAUCUAAUGUGAUCAAUUAUUAUC